AGUAAAAUCAUGAGAAAAAAAUUCACUUAAUUCAGUAGAGACCGGACCGCGAGAGAGUGAACAUCAAAAUCGUUCGUGGUUGUAGAUAUUUAUUUAAAAAAGGUUAAAUUAAGAUUCAAUUUUACACAGUUAUUAAAGUGAAAUUGUAGUUCAUUAUACAUAUUUGAAUAAUAUCUAAACACAGUUUCAAAGCUCAAUACAUUAUUCGAUUGCUAAAGAUCAACUGUUAUUAGUGCUUUAGAUAAAACAUUAAAUCUGCUACUCAACUAGAAUAUGUCAAGAUGAAACGUAGUUUUUUAUUAGUUGCUACUUUGUCUCUCCUCGUGGGCUCCAUAAACUCUUCUCCAUUUAAAAAAGCAAACACAAAUAAUCGUCGACGACAGAGGUCAAGCUCAGUAUGGAAACAACCAGAAGAUAACUGGAACAUUACAACCAUUCCUCGAAGUGUUCACCCACACCUUGAAAACAAAAAUUAUACUCAUUCACUUCCAGCACCUGGUCACAUUAUCUAUAGGACAAUUGAUUCUGAUGAACGUUUACUUAUGAGAUUUCAUGAGAUUAAAAACAAUGCAUCGGCACGAACACUUUGGGGAAAGUCAGACUCAUCUGAUCAUCAUUACUCACCAUUUUUUGACAAAGCACUGAAGCUCUUAAAUCUCCAACAAGUGGCUUUUGAAAUUGAAAAUAGUGUGAUGUCAAAAAUGUCAUGUACGGCAUGUAAAGCAGGCGCAUCACUUCUCCAAAACUACAUUAAAUCCGGGAAAAGUAAAGAAGAAAUUAUCAAAACAAUCUUUCAAUAUUGUGUAAAUCUUCGAAUUCAAUCAGCGCAAGUUUGUGAAGGUGUCAGUCAAUUGUUUGGCGGCGAAGUUAUUUACGUUUUGAAACGAACAAAUUUGGGUGCUGAUGAGAUUUGUAGUUUCAUCAUUGGCGAAGCUUGUGGCGAUAUUUAUAACCCUUAUCAUGAAUGGGAAGUUGAAUUGCCACCAAUUCCAAAGCCAAUUGCACAUGAACUUCCGAUUCCCAAAGAAGGUGCGCCAUCGUUUAAAGUUUUACAUCUUUCUGAUACUCAUUAUGAUCCUUAUUAUGAACCCGGAGCCAACGCUGAAUGUAAAGAAGGAAUUUUAUGUUGUCGACAUUCAAGUGGACGUCCAACAACACCGAACGCAGCUGCAGGUAAAUGGGGAGAUUAUAGAAAGUGUGACAUGCCGAAGCGAUCUUUGGAUCACAUGUAUCAGCACAUCGCAAGCACGCAUCAUGACAUUGAUUACAUUUUAUGGACUGGUGAUUUACCACCUCAUGAUAUUUGGAAUCAAACGAAAGAAGAAAAUCUGAAGAUUUUAAAGGAAACUGUUAAACAAAUGUCGGAAAUGUUUCCUGGCGUUCCAAUCUUUCCUGCUUUAGGCAAUCAUGAAAGUGCCCCAGUUAAUUCAUUUCCACCACCAUAUGUGAAACAAGUUGACAGUUCAAUUGCUUGGCUUUACGAUGCUUUAGAUAUUCAAUGGCGUAAAUGGUUGCCAGCAAGUGUUUCACAUACAGUAAGGCGUGGAGCUUUUUAUUCAGUGUUAGUUCGACCCGGCUUUCGAAUCAUUUCAUUGAACAUGAAUUAUUGCAACAAUCUAAACUGGUGGCUUCUUUUAAAUUCAACCGAUCCGGCAACUGAACUUCAAUGGUUCAUAUAUGAACUUCAAAGUGCUGAAUUCUUAAACGAAAAAGUUCAUGUUAUUGGACACAUUCCACCAGGACAUUCAGAUUGCCUUAAAGUAUGGUCAAGAAAUUAUUACAAGAUUGUUCAACGUUAUGAGAACACAAUUACUGCACAAUUCUUUGGUCACACACAUUUUGAUGAGUUUGAAGUGUUUUAUGAUUUGGAAGAUAUUUCGAGGGCAACGAGGUACAGAAUUUAUUACGUUGAUGGUGAUCACGAUGCUUCUACAAGGCUUGUUAUCGAUCAUGAAACGUGGAUUAUGAAUCUAAAGGAAGCAAAUCUGUAUGAUUUUCCAAUUUAUUACAAACUUUAUUCAGCAAGAGCGGCUUACAAUAUGAAAGCUCUAAGGCCGAAUGAUUGGGAUGAGCUCAUCAAUACUUUGACUGAUGAUCAAGAUAAGUUUGAUCUUUAUUACAAAAAUUAUUGGAAAGUCUCACCCGUUCGACCAGCAUGCGAUGCUGACUGUAGAAAGCGAUUACUUUGCGAUGCUAAAAGUGGAAGAAGUCAUGACAGGAAAUUCUUUUGUGCUGAAGUUGAAUCAAAGAUUGACUCGUCAAAUAAUGGAUGGAGAUCGUGGAUUUAUAAAGGCAUUAGUUUCUCGUAUGUAUACUUACAUGAAUGAUUUAAAUCCAACUGAUUAACAAACACUUAAAACAAAAACAAAGACUUGGUGGUUGGCUUUUCAACUAAAUAAUCUUCAAAUGUUUUCUUUCUCUUUCUUUCUUCAUGCCAUAUCAAUUGACAUUUAGUAAUAAAAAGAAAUUAUUUAACAUAACAGCUUAUCAGUUUUUGACCAAUGAAGUUGGACAAGAAUUUCAUCCCGCAACAUGAAUAAAACAUUUUUGAACAAACUCAUCAUGAACAUGUACAUUUUAUCGGAAGACACAUUUAAUUAUAAUUUAUAUGUAAAAAGACAAAAGAAAAUUGAAGGAAGGUUAUGAAGUUUAUGUUAAUAAGUUAAAAUAUGUACACACGGGUAAAUUGGUGAUUGAAUCGGUGUGUGUAUUGAUGGUCAUUUAAUUCAGCUUCAACGCUUUAUACUCAGUGACAGCUAAAAUUCCAAGCUUUGUGAUGAGUCUUGGAUAAUAAUUCAACAAUUUAAGUUUUUUGAGUGGAAGCAUAACAGUGAUAACAGAAAAAUGUUCAAAAUCCAACAUCAAAGUGAGAAAAAGACUCAAAAUUUGUGUAAUAAAAUAAUAAAAAGAAAAAUUAUUUAAUUUGAUUCGUCUUUUCGUUUUAAAUAUUUUUCAUAUUAAUUUUCAGGACGAAAGCUUAUAAAAAGUUUCUUUCAAUUAAACCGAAAAUCGAAAGCUUUUUUUUAAAGCAUCUAAAAUUUAUUGAGAGAUUUUCUCGGUUUUCGACAAGUGUUUCGUGAACAGUUACAUAAGAAAUACAAUUUGCAUACAAUUAAUUUAAUUACCUACAAAUUUCCAAGAAUAUUUUUGAGUUCAAUAGAACAUUUCUUCCAAAUAAUUUUUUACAUGUUUUCAGAAAAUGUCCUCAUAAUCUUUACAUCAUCUAUCUACAUGUGAAUAAAAUGAAGGAAAUUAAUCUUCUGUUUUAUAAGUAAAUUACUUCC